GGGGUCUUGUUGUUGUUGGGGGGCGGCGGUACGCGCGGGCGCCACCUUUGAAUUGGCGGCAGUGAAGGCCGCAGCCGCCGCCGCUUCAAUCUCCCUCCUCAUCGUCCUCCUCUUGGCUCGGUGUCGUCCUCCUCAGCGUCGUCUUCGUCGUCCGCACUCGAGCUCUCAAGUGAUUUACGCGGCUCAAGAGUGAACUAAAUGUGAGCGUGCGUUGGCGCCUGCCUUUUGCCGCCCAGCGAUGACGACCGGCGACAUCAAGGGCAGUCUGCGCCGCGUGCAGAUGGAAGUCCGGCUGCUGCGCUACCCACACGAGGUGGACUACGAGGGGCUCCUCACCGGUGACGCCAAGGCGCUGCUGCCGCUGCUGCACCACACGUUCACAGAAUACUCUCUCCCCGUCGCCGAGUGUCUAGCUGAGUGGGGCGUGGAACUCGCAGCCAAGAGCGACCUGCGCUUCGUGGAAGCCGUCUACAGGGUGCUCAGGGACAGGUUCGAGGUGCGGCCCGUGCUCACUAAGGCACAGUUCCUGCAGCUGGGCUUCGCCGAGCGCAAGAUGCAGAUGCUGUGUGACAUCGGGCAGGCCGUGCGAACCAAGCACAAGGAGCUGACACAGCUCGCCCACAAGAAGUGCACUCCCUCCGCCCGAAAGCCAGCAGCGACCGCAGGCUCACUGGCGGCGGAGGCUGUGGACGGCCAGCCGCCUCCCCAGCGACCCCAUCGUGCUCCGUGCGAGCCGUUGUUCAAUCACCCGCAGUCUCUGGGCCUGGUUGUGGCGGGCGCAGGAAAUGGAAAUGUGCCAAGGCCACUGGUGCAGAGGCAUUGUGGGCCGCACGGGGAGGCGGCCCGGGGCUCGUGUCCCACGCCGCGCCAGGGGGUUCUUCCAGAAGCAGAAGUUUUGCUUGAGUUGCCAAGCCAUGCCCCACAAAGCAGUCCAGAAGGAAAGAAAGAUGAUACCAAUGCAACUAAUCACCAGCUAUUGCAGGAGAUGUCGGAGCUGCGAGCGACGGUGUUGCAACUGCAAGCGCAGUACGCCAAGACGUGCGCCAACGUGGCAGCGCUGAGCUUCGCCAUGCAGGGCUCAAUCCUGGUGGACCGCAGCGAGUGGGAGAACCUGGCGAGCCGCGUGACGCUGCUCGAGAACCAGGCGGUGCUGCUGCUGGCCGGGCCGCGCGGCACAUCACGUGGUGAUGCAUCACGUGGCGAUGCAUCACGUGGCAGUGCAUCAAGCAGUGGCGACGCACCUGGGACUGCCCGAGUGUCCAAGCUCUUCUCUGCAGGGCUCGAAGACCGUGGGUCCCCCGUGCCGCCUGGCGCUGGGCCCGUGUCCGUCCUGGUGGAGCCGUCCACGUCCCUGUGUCCCGUGGAGGGACUCGUGCCCACUCAGGGCAGCGGGGAGCAGCGGGACCCGCUCCGCAAAAGCAAUGACCAGAUACUUUCAAUGUCGUUGGAAAAAGCAAAACCACAAGUGGAGCGCUUGGAAAGAAUGCUGGAGGAGACAAGGAUGAUGCUGAAAUCCGGGACUUUUGGAGUCUGAGGCUUGUACCUCGAUAUCGAGGAAGCCGCCAUCACCCACUCUUCUACUACAGAAGAAUAGCGCUGCUUUUAUCAGAGCCUUCCGCGAGGCUUGUCCCUCCAUCGACACCAUUAUCAUCAUCGGACACGAUCAAUGCACUGGUGGAUGAAAGUCUCGCCAAGCCAUCGCCAUCUCUCUCACGAUCCUAUGAUGUAACAAUUAAUCCCGUGUCGGCACGUGAGUUGAUUUCAUUGACAUCCGUUCACGUCAAAUGUUGGCAGGUGCGUGACACUUUAACCACAACCAGAGGGAUAACAUCGCCAUCGCUCCAGGAGAGAAGACAGCGCUACGGUAUAUGUAACUUGGAUAAUCACUGUUUGAAAACACCAGCGAGCCAACUGCUGUGCUGGAGCAAGCACAGCCAAAGACGGGAAAUUGCCCUAUCCCUAAUGGCUUCCUCACUGUGGCCUCUAGCUGCACCCAAGUCUAGCGGCACAGCUGUACCACAGGAGGGGUCCCUCCGGUCUCCUGAGCGACGGGCCCGUCGCACGUUCUCAUCAAACCUCCCCGGAGGAAUGCGUGGGAAUUUACGGGGUUGUUUUGGAACCCCCCACUCCUCCCCCGAGUUUGACAUUUAAGAAAAUAAGUCAUUUGUUUUUGGUGUCCCAGGUCUGAAUCUUGUGUGAUUCUACAAUUAGUUGUGAUUGGCUGGCUUCUCACCUUGCUUCUUUAGCCAAAACCCCAUUUUCUGUACGCAAAGGGAAUUUCACAAUUGGAAAAACAAACCUAACUUGCCCGUCACACCUCCCAUCUCUCUUGAAUGCCAAAAGUAAAACUGUCUGUAAUUUUCCUUUAAAAAUAAAUGGGACUUCUAUAACAAAAAAAAAUAAGCACAUGAUCCAAGAAGCUUUACUGGGUUGACUGGGAAACAAAAUUAAUUAUCAAUAUUUUUGGCGAUGAGAAGUAAACUAAACAAACAUAUUUUUAAAAAAUCUCUUUUCUACUGACGUCUUCAUUCUUCGUGUUAUUUUAAGCAGCUUUUCCUCGUGGAAAGACUUUACUAAGCCCCCAUCUCCUGGAGACAGAGGUGGGUGUAAAACGUUUUACAAUGUGUAAAGAGACUUUAAAUAAACGGUUUUAUUUAA